GGGCAGGUCACGUGCCGGGGGCGCGGCGGGCGGCGGCGCGGAGGGGGGCUCGGGGGACCCGGGCCCUGUUGUGUUUGGAGGCGCUGGUGCCGCGGCCUCCAGGACCGGCCCCGCCGCUCCCCCCACCCCCGGCCAUGGAGGACCCGUCCCGGCUGCACGGCGCCGCGGUGCCCCUGCCUGGCGGGAUCCCGCCUCCUCCAGCUGCUGGGGAUCCGGUUGCUGCUGCUCCACCGCCGGGGCCGCCGCCGCCUCCUCCCGGACACCACGACACGGGCGAUGUCCUGCAGCAGAUCAUGGCUAUCACCGACCAGAGCCUGGAUGAGGCUCAGGCCAGGAAACACGCCUUGAACUGCCACCGGAUGAAGCCGGCUCUUUUCAGCGUGCUCUGCGAGAUCAAGGAGAAAACAGUGUUAAGUAUUCGUGGUAUUCAGGAAGAAGACCCCCCAGAUGCCCAGCUAAUGAGACUAGAUAACAUGUUGCUGGCAGAGGGCGUCUCCGGGCCCGAGAAAAGAGGAAGAGGAGGACCAAUGGCUGUAGCAGCAACAUCAGGUGGCUGUCCAAAUGACAAUAGCAUUGAGCACUCUGACUACAGGGCCAAGCUGUCACAGAUCCGACAGAUUUACCACUCUGAGCUAGAGAAAUAUGAACAGGCCUGCAGCGAGUUCACCACCCACGUUAUGAACCUGCUUAGGGAGCAGAGUAGAACCCGACCCAUCUCACCAAAAGAAAUCGAGCGCAUGGUGAAUAUAAUCCAUGGCAAAUUCAGCACCAUCCAGAUGCAGCUGAAACAGAGUACGUGUGAGGCCGUGAUGAUCCUGCGCUCACGCUUCCUCGAUGCGAGGCGUAAAAGGCGCAACUUCAGCAAACAGGCAACAGAAGUGCUGAAUGAGUAUUUUUAUUCACAUCUGAGUAAUCCUUACCCCAGUGAAGAGGCCAAAGAAGAGCUCGCAAAGAAAGGCGGCAUCACAGUUUCACAGGUUUCCAACUGGUUUGGUAACAAAAGAAUUCGAUACAAAAAGAACAUGGGGAAGUUUCAGGAAGAAGCUAAUAUUUAUGCUGCAAAAACAGCAGUGGAUGCUACCAACGUCGUGGCUCAAAGCAACCAGGCGAAUUCUCCAUCUACACCAAAUUCGGCUUCCUCUGGCUCUUUCAAGAUGACAAAUUCCAGUGAUUCAUUUGUAAACCUGCAGUCAUUGACUUCUUACCAGAGUUCCCCGGUGGGAGCCAAUGUGCAGUCCCAGAUGGAUUCCUUACAUCACGUCAUACACCAGACGGGAAGAUACGACACAAUUGUGGGGAAUCCGUUGUACACGACGCAACGCAUAGAUGCUAAUGGCAGCUGGCAGGAUGCUACUACCCCUUCAUCAAUCACUUCACCUGCUGGAGACCCUGGAAGCGUUAAUUCAGAUGCGUCUAAUUAAGUUUUUAGGACCUAUUGAUGAGAGGAAAGAGGUCGUUGGUAUAAUUUGUCAAUACUAUUGUUUGUACAACUUGACACACAGCUGAUACCUCAGAAACCCCUCCCUGGAGCCAAGAGAAGAUUGUGAGCGCGCCGAUACCUCUCUACCUCUCAGCCUCACGCAGUCAAGUUCUUUUUUUCCUUAUGAUGUGAAAUUGGUUUAAAAGAACUUGCUUCAUUUUCCUAACCAAAUUAAAUUUUUUUAAACUAUGGAUUUUAUGGUAAGAAGCGGAAAAAAGCGUCUCUUCUAGAACUUGGCAUUUGUCUCAAGUUUUACAGUGUGAAAGAAUUGACUUAUUUUAAUUUCCAUGAAGUUUUUUACGAUGAAAUUUCUGUUCUAGGUGAUAGCUACUAACAGUUAAGCCCCCUGUAUUGUAAUUGUAUGCGUUCUCUGUAUGGUAAUUUUGUAUAGGAAAAUCAGCUUUUCUUAAUUAGACUUCAUUCUGAGCUAAUUAAUCAGAACCUUGCUUUACCAAACCUCUCACUGGACUUUGCUCUCGGGUCGGAUCUUCCAUCCUGUGUCAUUCCACGUAAUUUAAUGUCUAAUGAAAAAAGAAAAAGAAAACAACAAACCAACAAAACCCACCUGAAUUCCAUGGAUAAUCAGUUUUUGUGCAUUAACACAGAGUCCACCCCUUCCAGGUGAGAUUUUAUCAAAGAUAAUAAACUUCCAAAGCCUUUUUUUUUUUCUUCCCCCUUUUCCUCUCAGUUUUCCAGGCCGGGGUCUCCCUGAAGGGAAGGUGGGAAGCCCUAAGGACAGGGCAAAAAGGCAGGAAAGGGCAGGAGGUAGCUUUUCACCUCUGGCUCUUCUAAGAUGAGCACUUCCAUGGAUUCGUUUAUAACCCUGCAGUCCUUGAUUCCCUACCCUGUAACUCUAAUUUAACGUCUAGUGAAAAACAGCAACAAAAAAAAGCCUGAAUUCCAUGCAUCAUCACUUUUUGUACAUUAACAUGGAGUCCACCGCUUUCAGUCGAGAUUAUUAUCAAAGAUAAUAAACUUCCAAAGCCUUUUUUUUUCCCCUUUUUCUCUCAGUUUUCCUGGGGGAAGGCUUGUGAGGGGAAGCCAGAGGCUCCCUGAGGGUGCAAAGCAGCUUUUCAGCUUCAGCACAGAGGGCACCGUUUUUAAUCGAGAUUAUUAUCGAAGAUAAACGAUGUAUAAAGUCUUUUUUUCCUCUCAGUUUUCUGGGGGAAGAAGGGAGGGGGGCAAAAAGGCGGGAAACCCUGAGGGGCGGAGAAAAGGGCGGGAAACGCCUCUUCCCGGCAUCCCCCGCGCCCCAACGGCUGUGGAGGCGCUGUCAUGGCGGCGGCGGUAGCGGCUGAGGAGGGGCCCUGCGGACCAGGGGAAGAGGUGAGGAUGCUUGGGUUAAGGCGAUUGUGAGAUGGUAGAAUUCUCAGUUCUAGGGGAGGAGGGGAGUUAGCAGAAGGGCCACCUUAGGCUUCCGGAGGGCAGACUUUGGACGGUUCAGAAAGCUGAUUGAUUUAAGUCCCGUGGGAGACAGCCCUUAAGGUCAAGGGAGCCCGAGAGGUCUGGGUGCUCUUCAAGAAGGAAAUCCUGCAGCGCAGAAGUAAGCUGUCCCCAUGUGCCAGCUGGCAGGGAAAUAAAACAGCUUGGUUGAGCAGGGAGAUGGGGGUGGACAUCAAAAAGAAGAGGAACGUCUGUGGCCUUUGGAAGAAGGGACGUGGGUCUUGGGUAGACUACAGGGAGGAAGUGAGAUCAUGCAGAGGAAAAAUGAGGAGGGCUAAAGCCCAACUAGAACUCAGACUGACCAAUUCGGUGAAAGGUAAUAAAAAAGUCUUUCUAUAAAUACAUCAAUAGUAAAAGAUGGACCAGGGAGAAUGAGGGCAAGGUUGAGGUACUUAAUGCCUUCUUUGCCUCAGUCUUUAAUGGUAAGGAAAUUUGUUCCCUGUUUGUACAUCCCCAGGAGCUAGAGGAGCAGAACAAAGUUCCUGCAAUCCGAGAGAAGGUGGUUAGAGACUUGCUUGGCCAUUUAGACACUCACCAGUCUGGGGCUGGAUGGGAUCCACCUGAGGGUAUUGAGGGAGCUGGUGGAUAUGCUUGCCUUUCUAUCAUCUACCAGCGGUCCUGGCUGACUGGGGAAGUUCCACUAGACUGGAGGCUGGCUAAUGUUGUGCCCAUCUACAAGAAGGGUUGCAGGGAGGAUCCGGGGAGCUGCAGGCCUGUCAGCCUGACCUGAGUGCCUUGGAAAAUCAUGGAACAGGUGAUCUUGAGUGCUAUCAUAUAGUACAUGCAAGAUAACUGGGUGAUCAGGCCCAGUCAACAUGGGUUCAUGGAAGGCAGGUCCUGCCAAACUGACCUGAUCGUCUUCAAUGACAAGGUGACUCAACUACUGGAUGAGGGAAAGGCUGUGGCUGUAGUCUUCUUGGACUUCAGUAAAGUCUUUGACAUGGUUUCUCACAGCAUUCUGCUUCAGAAACUGUCAGCCUCUGGCCUAGACAGACGCACCCUCUCCUGAAUGGAAAACUGGUUAGAUGUUGUUGUAAAUGGAGCUAACUCCAGCUGGAGGCCCGUCACCAGUGGUGUCCUCAGGGCUCAGUGCUGGGUCCUGUUCAAUAUCUUUAUCAAUGACCUGGAUGAAGGCUUUGAGUGCACCCUUAGCAAGUUUGCAGAUGACACUAAGCUGGGAGGAAGUGUCAAUCUGCUGAAGGGUAGGGGGGCUCUGCAAAGGGACCUGAACAGGCUGGAUUGAUGGGCUGAGGUCAGUGGGAUGAAGUUCAACCAGGCCAAACACCGGGUCCUGCAUUUGGGGCACAACAACCCUGUGCAGCUACAGACUAGGGGAAGAGUGGCUAGAAAGCUCCUGGAGGAGAAAGGCCUGGGGGCGUUGAUUGAUACCCAAUUGAACGUGAAUCAUAGAUUCACCUCUUGGAUCAUCAUGUCCAACUAUAAUCAGCCAUCAGUGUGUCCAGGUGGCCAAGAAGGCCAAUGGCAUCUUGGCUUGGAUCAGGAACAGCAUGGCCAGCAGGUCCAGGGAGGUUCUUCUGCCCCUGGACUCGGCACUGGUGAGACCGCACCUUGAAUACUGUAUUCAGUUUUGGGUCCUUCACUCCAGGAAGGAUGUUGAAGCUCUGGAGUGUGUCCAGAGAAGAGCAACGAAGCUGGGGAAGGGGCUGGAGAACAAGUCUUACAAGGAGCGGCUGAGAGAGCUGGGGUUGUUUAGCCUGGAGAAGAGGAGGCUGAGGGGAGACCUUAUUGCUCUCUACAAAUACCUGAAAGGAGAUUGUAGAGAGGAGGGAGCUGGCCUGUUCUCCCAAGUGACAGGUGAUAGGAGAAGGGGGAAUGGCCUCAAGCUGCACCAGGAGAGGUUCAGACUGGAUGUCAGGAGAAAAUUUUUCAUCUAAAGGGCACUGGAACAGGCUGCCCAGGGAAGUGGUGGAGUCACCAUCCCUGGAGGUAUUUAAAAUACAGGUAGAUGAGGUGCUCAGGGACAUAGUUUAGUGGCAGAUAGGAAUGGUUGGAUUCGAUGAUCUAAGAGGUCUUUUCUAACGUAGUGAUUCUAUGUUUCUUCCCUUAGCGUUCUCCCCACGGAGCCUGCACUGUGGCUGAAGGUGCAGUGUCAGAUCCUGACCCUGGAGGGAAGGAGGCGGAUCCUGAGCAAUUCCAGAAGCUACCUGACGUAACUGCAGUGAACAAGAAGAUCAUUAGUCCCCAUGUAACAAGCAGACCAGCUCGGAGGAGAAGAUCCCAACAGAGUCC